AUGGUUGGCCUCACGUCCGCCGCCGGUGUCGUCGGCUUCCUCUCGGAGCCAGACCCGGCCCUGCGCUCAUUCGCCCUCCAGCGGCUGAACGAGGAGAUUGACCUGCUGUGGCCAGAGGUCGCGGGAUCUGUCAGUCAGAUUGAGGCUCUCUACGAAGACGACUCGUUUCCCGAGCGAGAGCUUGCCGCUCUGGUAGCCGCAAAGGUGUACUACCAGCUGCAAGAGUACAAUGAGAGCAUGGUCUUCGCCCUGGGCGCUGGCAAGCUCUUCGACAUCCACAAGGCCGCCGAGUUUGAGGAGACAAUACUGGCAAAAUGCUUAGAUACCUACAUCGCGCUGUCUGUCAUGCACAACCCGCCCACACCUGUGAGCAAGGCGAGCCAGGCCCCUCCUCAACUAAGCACAUCCUUCUCCGGGAACGCAGCAGGAGGUGCGAGCACUGCAGCCAGUCUGGCCUCGCCGAUAACGCCCUUCUCACAGUCCGCGUUACCCUCCAAGUCCCUUCUCUCCAGGGAAGAUUCGUCGACGUUCGACCCCACUCUACCCGGAGGAGGCAAUGCCGGCGUACCUGGAGCACACCCCACCCCAAUGGUGUUGCAGCGAAACGUGCAAAAGAACCUCCACAGCACUGUACGGCGGAUAUUCGAGAGCUGCUAUGAGAGUGGCAACUACAAGCAGGUUGUGGGAAUCGCCAUCGAGGCACGGAAUCUUGAAGUCUUGCGCGAGUCAAUCGUCCGCGCGAGCCAGGAUGGAAAGAAGCAAGGCAAGAAGCCUGCGCAGCCUUCCGCGCAGAGCGAGGACUUGAUGGAGUACGUUCUGGACAUUUGCAUGAACGUGGUGCAAGAGCGAGGCUUGAGGAACGAGAUCCUCCGCCUGAUCCUCGACCUCCUUAAUGAUGACCAAAUCCCGAACCCCGAUUACUUCUCCAUCGCCAAGUGUGUGGUAUACCUCAACCAGCACUCGCUGGCUUCGAAGCUCAUCCGACAGCUGAUUGAGCGAGGCGACGACAAGUCCCGCGCAGUCGCAUACCAGAUCUCAUUCGAUCUUUACGAGAACGGUACACAGGAGUUCCUCACAAAAGUUAUGGAAGAGCUGCCUGAAGCUGAGAAGGAGGAGGCGCAGAAACCCUCGGAUGCAGGCGAGUCGGACUCCCUGCUUGCAGAUGUGGAUACUAGCAACUCAAAGGGCGACCAACCAAGUGAAGAUGAGGUCAAGAUCUUCAACAACGUCCGCUACAUUCUUCGCGGAACCAAGAGCAUCGAGCUGAAUCUCGAAUUCCUGUACAGGAACAACCGCACAGACAAGGCCGUCCUCAACAAGGUCCGCGACAGCUUAGAGGCCAGGAACUCCAUCUUCCACUCGAGUGUCACAUUUGCGAACGCCUUCAUGAAUGCUGGCACUACUAAUGACACAUUCUUCCGCGAGAACCUGGAAUGGUUAGGAAAGGCGGUCAACUGGUCCAAGUUCUCCGCAACCGCUGCUCUUGGUGUCAUCCACCGUGGCAACAUCACACAAGGGCAAAAGCUCCUCGAGCCUUACCUUCCCAAGGACAGCGUCUCAUCAGGCUCUCACUACGAGCAGGGUGGAUCACUGUAUGCCCUUGGUUUGAUCUACGCCAACCACGGAAGCAAUGUUCUUGAUCUGCUCCUGAAGCAGUUCCAGAACGCAUCUGAGGAAGUCAUUCAACACGGUGGUGCGCUUGGUCUCGGUGUUGCUGGUAUGGCCACUGGCUCCGAAGAGAUCUUCGAGGCCUUCAAGAACGUGCUGUACACCGACUCUGCCAUCAACGGUGAGGCUGUCGGUCUCUCAAUGGGUCUCGUCAUGCUCGGUACUGGUAACAUCAAGGCACUUGAGGACAUGAUCCAGUACGCGCACGACACACAGCACGAGAAGAUUGUUCGUGGUCUUGCCAUGGGCAUGGCACUAAUCAUGUACGGACGACAAGAGGCCGCUGAUGAGCUCAUCAACGGUCUUCUUGACGACCCAGACCCAACUCUGCGCUAUGGAGGUAUUAUGACUAUUGCCUUGGCAUACUGUGGCACAGGCAGCAACAAGGCCGUCCGAAGGUUAUUGCACGUUGCGGUCAGUGAUGUGAGUGACGAUGUACGAAGAGUUGCCGUCAUGAGCUUGGGAUUCAUCCUCUUCAGGAAGCCCGGCAGUGUUCCCCGUAUGGUCGAGCUUCUCGCAGAGUCAUACAACCCACAUGUGCGCUACGGAGCCACCAUGGCUCUUGGUAUUGCUUGUGCCGGAACCGGCCUUCCAGAGGCUAUAGAUCUGUUGGAGCCAAUGAUGAAGGACUCGACCGACUUUGUCCGCCAAGGUGCUUUGAUCGCGCUGGCCAUGAUCAUGGUCCAGCAAAACGAGGCAAUGAACCCCAAGGUAGCUUCUAUCCGAAAGCAGCUUGCCAAGGUUGUCGGCGAUCGCCACGAGGAUGCCUUGGCCAAGUUGGGUGCUGCUCUGGCUAUCGGUAUCAUUGAUGCUGGAGGCCGGAAUUGCACAAUCGGCCUGCAGACGCCAACCGGUAAUCUCAACAUGGCCGCCAUUGUCGGCAUGGCUGUCUUCACCCAGUAUUGGUACUGGUUCCCUCUGACUCACUUCUUGUCAUUGAGCUUCACGUCUACUGCAGUCAUCGGUUUAGAUCAGGAGCUGGAGAUCCCAUCAUUCACGUUCCACAGCAACACUAGGCCAAGCACGUUUGAUUACCCGCCAGAUGCAGAAGUCAAGGCUGAGGAGGCGCCCGAGAAGAUCAAGACUGCCGUCUUGUCAACCACUGCGCAAGAUAAGCGCCGACGAAUGGUAAAGGAACGCCAAAAGCGGAGGGAAAGCAUGGAUGUGGACCACACCCCCACCACACCCAAGCCUGCGGAUGACGACAAGAUGGACGUUGACGAGGACUCCAAGAAGGAAGAUGGUGAGAAGGCCGAUGGUACCCAAACCGGGGAGCCAUCAAAGAAGAAGGAGAAGGAAAAGGUUGGCUACGAGCUGGAGAACAUGUCGCGUGUACUGCCGCCACAAGUGAAGUACAUCAGCUUCCCGAGCGAACGAUAUGUACCAGUAAAGAAGCCAACUCUCGGUGUGAUUCUUCUCACCGACACCAAGCCUUCAGAACCGAAGACGCUCUUGGAGCUCAAGGUAAAGAAGGCUGCGCCUGCGCCUGCCCCUGGCGCGUCGGGUUCUUCGGGAGAUCAAGGACCAGAAGGCGUAUCAGUAACAACUACUACAGCCCCGGUCAGCGACAACAUGGUGGAUGAGGGUGAGGCCGAAGCGUCGACGCCGGGUGAGUUUGUCUACGAAUCGGACACGAACCCGGACGACGACGAAUAA